AGUGUACAGGCAGAGGAACAUAAAAAAAAAAAACAUUUAAGGAUCUUCCAAACUAGGUGCUGGCCUGGCUAAAGCAAGAGCACAAUAAAUGAUGCUUACUCCACUGGUUUCAGCAAGUUGAUAAUUUUUGGUUAAUCUUUUUUCAUUAAAUGUAUGCAAAGCCAUUGUGGACGACUGGUUUUAGUCAACUGUGUGGUGAAUGGGGCAAUAGUUUAAAUGAUUCUAUUGUUAUUGCCAUGAUAUCAACAUGGAACCAUUCUAACUCAAUAUUAUUUUCACCUGUUCUCUUGCAGGAUUGGAUUGUGCAGUUUGAUCCUCCAGAUGAACCCAAGGAAUAUAUUCAUAGGGUUGGUCGAACAGCACGUGGUGAAGGUGCUAGAGGAAAUGCUUUGCUUGUCCUGAUUCCAGAAGAAAUGGGUUUUGUUAAAUAUCUAAAGGAUGCAAAAGUUCCUGUUAAGGAGUACGAAUUUAAUGAGAAGAAGCUGGCAAAUGUGCAGUCUCACCUGGAGAAGUUGGUUGCCAACAACUACUAUCUGAAUAAGUCAGCUAAAGAUGCAUACCGCUCUUAUAUUUUAGCUUAUAAUUCACAUUCCAUGAAAGACAUCUUCAAUGUGCACCGCCUUGAUCUACAGGCGGUUGCUGCUUCAUUUUGCUUUUCUAGCCCACCAAAGGUGAACCUAAACAUAGACAGCAAUGCAUCCAAGCACAGAAACAAAAGGCGAAAAGUUGAAGGAACCCGAAACGGUUUCAGUGAGAGCAAUCCUUAUGGGAGGCAGAAGAGUGAAGAUGAUAACCGGCAAUUUGUAAGGUAUUAGUGUCAGUAGCAGCGGCGGCUGUGCUGUUGUAGUCAAUGGGAUGCAUGGAAAAUUUUUUUCCUCAAAUUUUGUUCUCUCAACUGGCUGCUACAAAGUUGGCAUAUAGAUUCUCAUUGGUUACCAAGAAGUUUUGUAGGUUAUUCACUUGGUGUUAAUUGUUAAAGUGUAUGUUAAUAACUCAUUUGCUAUGUG